AGAGAGAAACAGAUUGAAAUAGUGGAGAGCAUCUCCAUGGCCGCCUUCUUACUCUAACUCUCUUUGGGUCGUAUUGAAUGCUUGAGCUCUCUUUGGCUCGUAUUGAUUCUCAGGAUAAGAUGGAGAGAGGAAUUGGGAACGAACGGGGUGUCAUGAGAUCUGAUAACUACCAAGGUUUUCUUAUGGGGGGAUUGAAACCUGGAUGGGAUAUGGGGAACAAUGUCAACAGAAGGCCACUGAGAGAGAUCAAUAAUCUCACCAGCGAUGUACCUUAUCCAUCGGCACUCCUCAAGAGAGGAUUGAAUGAUGUUGCACCCAUCAAUGAUGAGAACAAUGGUAGUUUUUUUGCUCGAAGACCCAUUACAAGGAAGUUUGCUGCUUCACUAGCUCAAAAAUCACAAAAUUGCUCGCAGAACGCUAGCGCAAGGCUGAAGCCAAUAGGCAGCGAGAGGCAAAAGAGAAGCCAACCAAUUCGAAGUUCUGCUUCUGUAGAUAGUUGUGAUUCCGUAGAUAUGGAUGAUUUUGUCACAUCUGACGAUAUACCUCUGCCAAUGGUGGAGGAGAUUGAAGAGAUGGUUGAUUGUGAGCUGAAAGAGGUUGAAAUGGAGGAUCUGGAAACAAAGCUACUAAUGGAAAUUGACAGUUGUGAUUCCAACAAUCCUCUAGCUGUUGUUAAUUAUGUCAAUGCUAUAUAUUCUUUCUACAGAGAAACAGAAGAAUUGGGAUGUGUCCCUCCAAAUUACAUGUCAAAUCAGCUUGACAUUAAUGAAAGGAUGCGUGCGAUUUUGAUUGACUGGUUGGUUGAGGUACAUUACAAAUUUGAGCUAAUGGAGGAGACAUUGUUUUUAACAGUCAACUUAAUAGAUAGGUUCUUAGCUAGGCAAAGUGUUGUGAGGAAGAAGCUUCAAUUGGUUGGAAUGACAGCCAUGCUUCUUGCAUGCAAGUAUGAAGAGGUUCUGGUUCCUGUUGUGGAGGAUCUUAUCAUCAUCUCUGACCGAGCUUACACAAGGGAGGAAGUACUUCAAAUGGAGAGUUUGAUGGCAAACACUCUGCAAUUCAAUUUGUCUGUGCCAACUCCUUAUGUGUUCAUGAGGAGAUUUCUCAAGGCUGCUAUGUCUGAUAUGAGGCUUGAGCUCCUGUCUUCAUACAUCAUAGAGCUGUCUCUCAUUGAGUAUGAAAUGCUCAAAUAUAGCCCUUCGAUGCUUGCUGCUGCAGCAGUUUACACAGCUCAGUGCAGUCUGAAAGGAUUCAAGCAUUGGACUAGAACAAGCGAGCUGUGUACCAGAUAUUCGGAGGACCAGCUUUUGGAGUGUUCCAGGAUGAUGGUGGAUUUUCACAAGCAGGCAGGAAAAGGAAAGCUUACAGGAGUCCAUAGAAAAUACAGCACGCAUAAAUUUGGAUGUGCAGCAAAAUCUGUACCAGCCCUUUUCUUGAUUCAAUGCUGUCCGCAGAACAAAACCUUCAACCUAACUUCCUGCAAUUGGAAGUAAUAGUGUUUGGGGAGUCUGUGAAGUUGCAUUUAGCAUAAAUGGUAAGUUGCACUUGGAGUAUAUGCCUUAGUGUUUGGCUUGCAUACUCUGAUAUGUUCUGGAAGUUAUUGUGUCUUUGGGGGUGAAAUAUAGGUCCUGUGUUACAAACUCAAAAGAAAGGAAUAGCAACUACUACUUGCAAUCAAUAUUGCUGGCAUUCAUAUUGAUAUUUUUGUUGAAAAUUUGGCUUGUGAAAACUAAAUUUUUGUUUCUCAAAUUUAGUGACUAAUUUAAUAAUCAGGCAUGUGAGAAAUAGA